AUCGGAGAGCGAGAGUCGACUUCCUCCGAAGCCAGAUGAUAAAGAGGCUGAGGACGCAGCUGAUGCAAUACUUGAGGGAGAUAACUCGGGCGGAGUCUGGAGUCUGUGACAACUGAAGGAUUUAUUUAUUUACUUUAAUUUUAAGUCACCGGUCACAGGAUGUCUCUCAUCAGAACCCUCAGCAAACCUACCAAACAGGCCCUGCUCAGCAUCCCGGGGUGCAGCUGCCAGCCCCUUACAGUGGCUGUACGAAACAUCAGUUUCUCCCCUCGACAGGUGAUGUCUGACGCCUCUUUCCACUCUGUGUCCUUCUCAGAAACCGACCACCCAAAGGUGCUCAUUACAGGUGGCCUUGGGCAGCUCGGGGUGGGACUCGCCAAACUGUUGAGGAAGAGGUAUGGAAAGAACAACGUAAUCCUGUCAGACAUCAGGAAGCCUUCAAGCAGCGUUUUCCACAGCGGGCCAUUUAUCUACUCGGACAUCCUGGACUACAAGAAUUUGCGUGAAAUUGUGGUGAACAAUCGCAUCACGUGGCUGGUCCACUACAGUGCCCUCCUCAGUGCAGUUGGAGAGGCUAAUGUGUCCCUGGCGAAAUCUGUCAAUAUUACAGGGCUGCACAACAUCCUGGACAUCGCAGCCGAGCAUGGCUUACGUCUUUUUGUCCCCAGCACCAUUGGUGCAUUUGGUCCCACGUCGCCCCGAAACCCUACGCCAGAUCUCUGUGUCCAGAGGCCUCGUACCAUCUAUGGUGUCUCCAAAGUCCAUGCUGAGUUGAUGGGAGAGUACUACCACCACCGUUAUGGCCUGGAUUUCCGCUGUCUCCGCUACCCAGGAAUUAUCUCCGCUGACUCCACUCCUGGUGGCGGCACAACAGACUAUGCGGUACAGAUUUUCCACGAUGCACUCAAGUCAGGCAAGUUCGAGUGCAACUUGAAGCCCGACACGCGGCUCCCCAUGAUGUACAUUGAUGACUGCCUGCGCGCCACGCUGGAGAUGAUGGAGGCGCCGGCAGACACGCUGAGCAUGAGGACAUACAACAUUAACGCCAUGAGCUUUUCCCCAGAAGAACUUGCUCAGGAACUCCAGAAACAGAUGCCCGAGCUCGAGGUCACGUAUGACAUCGACCCCGUCCGACAAGCCAUUGCUGACAGUUGGCCAAUGAACUUUGAUGACUCCAAUGCACGGAAAGACUGGGGGUGGAAACACGAUUACGAUCUUCCAGAGCUUGUCCAGACUAUGCUCAACUUUUUGAGCUCGGAAACAAUCCUUGCCGGCGUUAACUGAGGCUUUGCAGCAUCCAGGGUUUUCUGUGUAUAUAAUGUAAAGACUGACCAUAGUGUAGAGAUAAACGUGUUCUGUACAUAGUAGUUCUCUUGAUUUUCGCUGUAUUCUUCGGAAGGGCUCCGCUCACGCUACACCACAACAGUACAAUGCCUACAGACUGUAUAACAGUCAGAGCAGGCGAGACCGUCAUCCCUGCUAACUACCUUUUACUCCUCCUACCCCUCCCAGUUCCAUUCUGCGCCUCGUGUACUUGAAGGUCUUGAUAAAGAGUAUGGGUCAAAAAUUAGGCUUGUGAAAGCCAGUUUUGACAGAUGUAGGUAGGUUUUCCCCAGAAAACCUGUGAGAAUCGUCAAAAUUCAGGUAUCAGAACCCAAAAUUCCACAUCCAACUUGCUUUGGACUGGAUAGUACAUAAACAUAGUAGUUUGCUGCCUUUCUUUGAUGCACUUUAGACAUAUUUAUAGUGUCACACAUUUGACAAAUGAGGUAAAUCGCAUGUUGGUGCAUGUUCUAGAUGCAAUGAUGAGAUUUCUUUUUAGGUUCAUGAGUUAGGCAGGGUUUCUGUACCACCUAAGCAAGACUUAUAGUCCAGCUUUGGUGUACCAUGGCGUAGACAAAAUUGUGUGAUAUCCUUCACAGAGUGGUAACUAUAGCCAGGUAGGGUUCCAGACGGACUCUUAUUGAAAAUCAUACCACAUUAGUCUGAUCAUAAGGAUUGUAAAAAGGUAUUUGUUCUGUCUUUAAGUGAAAGUUCUGGAGUUAAUGGGUAAACACAAUAAAAAUGGUGGCAAAAGCUGAUACCGGAUGGUACAUGGGUCAAAAAUUAAAGUUGCCCCAAUUUUGGUAAAAAGACAUGCAAAUUGUUGGUUGAGUAUAUAGGAUUUUACAAAGGAACCAUUUGCAUCAUGUGUUAUGCUUAGUUUUCAUGUUACGUGGUAAAAUUUGUCAAAUCCAAUGGAUGCCAAUUCCGUUUGUUUAUAUAGCACCAAAUCAAACAACGCUACCUCAAGCCAUUUCACAGGGGUAAGGUCUAUCCUUACCAAUCCCCCUGAGCAAGCACACAGGCGACAGUGGUAAGGAAAAAACGCCCUCCUCUUUUGAGGAAGAAACCUCAAGCAGACCAGAGUCAGAGAGGUGACCCACUGCCUGGGCCAUUCUAACAGUUACAAGGUUUUUACAAAAGAAGAAGAAAAAAGAAGAGUCAGUUGUUAAGGUACAAAUGCUCCAUCUUGGUGCAGAGUCCCGAGUUUCAGCUCUUGAAUACUUCUGAUAGCAGAGAUCCUAUGAGAAUUCCAGGUUAGCCUGGUACUCUUGAAGCAAAGCAAGGCUCUCGUAUCCUGGCAACAGCACCUCAGACAGCGAGCAGAAUCAGUCAGUGGGAGAUAACACCUUUAGUUCACCAGCAGUAAAUCACCAGGGAUGCUGAGAGAUUACUAAAGUGGUAGCUGGCAGCUAGCCUUGUGCUUCACUAACAGACCCAGAAUUUAGAUAUAAUGAGGCUGAGACCCCAACCGUUUUUGUCCAUUACUUUGGGGACCAAUCAUUCAAAGCAGUCAAAACUAAUCCACUUUUUUUUUUUUUACCUCAGCCAAUAAUCUGCAUCACCUUUUACCAAAAUUUGAGCAACUUUAUUUUUUCACCCCUGUGCAAGCUAAUAACACUGUUUCAACUCCAUAACUUCAUCACUAUACCUUUUUGUAUCCAUUCCAUGUUCUAUUAUUUAUUCUGUCUGUUGGUAUGAAUCACUUUUUACAAGUCUCUGUUGUCUUUUAUGUCUUUAUAUAUUUUUUCACAACUUCUGCUGGAUUAUUUUGGCACAAAAUGGGGAAUGUGACACAGCAUGAAACUCAUUUGACCACAUCUGGUGGUUCCUUGUUGCAACAUUGUAGAAAGGAAAUACAGGUUCUUUCUUGUCUUUUAUGCACAAGUAGACAUUAAAAUAUUUUUCCCAA